UAGUACUAGCAUUGUAACAACUAGCGAGAAGAGGAUUCUAAAACGACCUCACCCAUCUCAAGGCUCGCAUCCCCCUCCUUUUCCCACGCACCCUCCCCCAAAUCAUAACCAAGAAAAGCUAGCCAGCGCGCUCUGCUCCUUUCUGCCGGUGGGAAGCGGAGAGGCCGGCGGAGUAGCUUAGUUGGGCUGUAGACAUGAGUGCAAUUAAGAGGUGGGAGCCUCCGCAACCUUUGCCGCCAGCGGGGACUAAAGUGGCCUGAAAGAAGUUGUCCGGGAUUCCUGUACUUCCCAAAAGGCUGCGAACAGCCUCCAAGGCCGCGGGGAUUGGAGAGCAAACGUCGGGGAUUAUGUCGAUUUUCCGAGGACCGGGAUUCCCAGCGCGGAAUAGAAGAAAAGGCUGGCUUCUCAAGGGUCCUGCCGGCAUUUGAUACGGGGAGAUCCCUAGGAUUGCCCAAAUUGCCGUGGAUCAGCAAUUUCCUGUACUCACAUCCUGCAUUUUCAAAGAAAAUAUUUUCAUUUCUCAGCUGUGGUCUUUUUCUACCAUCAGUACCCUUUCUCCGGUGCAAAAACUCUUCAUUCAAAGUAUGCUUUAUGUUUUUGCCAAAUAUAAUCUCUAAUUGAAAGUUUAUUUUUGGUUUUGGAUGAGUCUGUGGAGCUUACGUUGUAAGAAGAAAGGGGGAACGAGACACAAUGAAAGAGAAGUCCAAAAACGCUGCCCGGACUAGGAGGGAGAAAGAAAACAGUGAAUUUUAUGAACUGGCUAAACUACUGCCUUUGCCCUCGGCUAUCACCUCGCAGCUGGACAAAGCAUCCAUAAUCAGACUAACGACCAGCUAUCUCAAAAUGAGAGUGGUGUUUCCAGAAGGACUCGGCGAGGCGUGGGGCCACUCGAGUCGGACCAGCCCUCUGGACAAUGUGGGCCGCGAGCUGGGCUCCCACCUGCUGCAGACCCUAGAUGGAUUCAUCUUUGUGGUGGCUCCAGAUGGGAAGAUCAUGUACAUCUCAGAGACAGCCUCAGUCCACCUGGGCCUUUCUCAGGUAGAGCUGACCGGGAACAGCAUUUACGAAUAUAUCCAUCCGGCUGACCACGAUGAGAUGACGGCGGUGCUCACGGCCCACCAGCCCUACCACUCUCACUUCGUGCAGGAAUACGAGAUCGAGCGAUCCUUUUUCCUGAGAAUGAAGUGCGUCUUGGCCAAGAGGAACGCGGGGCUCACCUGUGGCGGAUACAAGGUUAUUCACUGCAGUGGCUACCUGAAGAUCCGCCAGUACAGCCUGGACAUGUCCCCCUUCGACGGCUGCUACCAGAAUGUAGGCUUGGUGGCCGUGGGCCACUCGCUGCCUCCCAGCGCUGUCACGGAGAUAAAGCUGCACAGCAACAUGUUCAUGUUCCGCGCCAGCCUGGACAUGAAACUCAUUUUCCUGGACUCCAGGGUGGCGGAGCUGACGGGGUAUGAGCCGCAGGACCUGAUUGAAAAGACUCUGUACCACCACGUGCACGGCUGCGACACCUUCCACCUGCGCUGCGCUCACCACCUGCUGCUGGUGAAGGGACAGGUGACCACCAAGUACUACAGGUUCCUGGCGAAGCACGGAGGCUGGGUGUGGGUUCAGAGCUACGCGACCAUCGUGCACAACAGCCGGUCGUCUAGGCCGCACUGCAUCGUCAGCGUCAAUUACGUCCUCACAGACACAGAGUAUAAAGGGCUACAGCUCUCCCUGGAUCAGAUCUCAGCCUCCAAACCAGUCUUCUCCUUCGCUGGCAGCUCCACCCCCACCAUGACAGACAACAGGAAGGGGACCAAGUCUCGGCUCUCCAGCUCAAAGUCAAAAUCCAGGACUUCCCCAUACCCUCAGUAUUCAGGAUUUCACACAGAAAGAUCGGAAUCUGAUCAUGACAGCCAGUGGGGGGGCAGUCCCCUGACGGACACAGCGUCUCCGCAGCUCCUGGACCCCGCGGACAGGCCCAGCUCGCAGCACGAGGCGUCCUGCGCCUACAGGCAGUUCUCGGACCGCAGCUCGCUCUGCUAUGGCUUCGCGCUGGACCAUUCCAGGCUGGUGGAGGAGAGGCAUUUCCACACCCAGGCCUGUGAGGGAGGCCGGUGUGAGGCGGGCAGGUACUUCCUGGGAGCGCCGCAGGCUGGGAGGGAGCCCUGGUGGGGCGCUCGUGCAGCCUUGCCCCUCACCAAGGCCUCCCCGGAGAGCAGAGACGCCUACGAGAACAGCAUGCCUCACAUCGCGUCCGUGCACAGGAUCCACGGGCGAGGUCAUUGGGAUGAAGAUAGUGUGGUCAGUUCUCCAGACCCAGGGUCUGCCAGUGAAUCUGGUGACCGAUACCGCACUGAGCAGUAUCAAAGUAGCCCACACGAACCCAGCAAAAUAGAAACUCUGAUAAGAGCCACCCAGCAAAUGAUUAAAGAAGAAGAGAACAGAUUGCAGCUAAGAAAAGCUCCCCCAGACCAACUGGCUUCCAUUAAUGGAGCCGGGAAAAAGCACUCCCUCUGUUUUGCAAACUACCAACAGCCCCCACCUACCGGCGAGGUCGGCCACAGCUCCACUCUUGCCAACACUUCGCCAUGUGACCACAUCCAGCAGAGAGAGGGAAAAAUGCUGAGCCCCCAUGAAAAUGACUAUGACAACAGCCCCACUGCACUGUCUCGGAUAAGUAGUCCCAAUUCGGAUCGCAUUUCAAAAUCCAGUUUGAUCCUAGCUAAAGACUAUCUGCAUUCGGAUAUGUCCCCUCAUCAGACAGCAGGAGAACAUCCUGCCAUCUCUCCAAACUGCUUUGGCUCUCACCGGCAGUAUUUUGAUAAGCAUGCUUACACAUUAACUGGAUAUGCCCUGGAGCACUUAUAUGACAGUGAAACCAUUCGAAACUAUUCCUUGGGCUGUAAUGGCUCACACUUUGAUGUAACUUCCCAUCUGAGGAUGCAGCCAGACCCAGCACAAGGACACAAGGGAACAUCUGUUAUAAUAACCAAUGGGAGCUGAUGUUUUUCUAUGUUUUGUUCUUUCAGGAUCUCUGAAGCAUAUUUAUGUUUUAACCCCAUUGCCAGCAUUUACUAUGCCACACUUUAUUAGAGAUGAUAACCUGAGUUACUGGGUUUUUGACAUGCGUUCCUGUAAAAACAAAGAAAACGUAGCACUAGCAUUCAGGGUUAUACACAGAUAAUGGAGCUAAUGUGAAUAUACAAAUUUCUCCUCUAAUUUUAUGGGAACCAGAAUGGAUAAGUUUUGAAUUAAAACAUACUUGCGUGGAUCAAGUGAACAGUAAUUACUCUACCUGUAAGGACUGAUAGAUGACAACAUUGUAUCGUGAUGAUUCCUUGAACCUCAAACACUCAGACCGCUAUUCACAAACUGCUGCGUAAACUUUACAUGCAGAAAUGUAGGCUAUCUGCCGUAAAAUACACCAAAAGUGUGUAACUCUUUUUAACCCCAGACCAUUAAUCUUCCAAAUGAUGUGGAAUUUCCAUUCUCAAAAUAACUGAGAGUGAGAGAGAGAGAGAGAGAGAGAGAGAGAUCUUGUAAACUGUUUUCUUCUUUGUGUUUUCAACCAGCAAGCUUAUUUGGUUUAGGCAUAAAUUAGGGAAAUAGUUCUGGAUACAGUACAAGAGUGAAUUUUCACCUGGGAUCCGUUAUAAGCAACCAGGAAGUGGUGAUUUUUCACCUUAUUUUUGAGUUAGACAAGAGCAGGAUUACAUUAACAUAGCAGUAAGGAUUUAGCUAAGUAAAAGCUGAGAUGUUGAGACAUCAAAAACUUGGUGUGCUCAAUUGGAAGUAGUUUACUGAAGGUGGAAAGACUAAAAGCAGAGAAAAUUGAAAAUAUAUCAGAAAACAAAUAAUUUAAGGCUCAGAAUAUGUGUGCCACAUAGUAAUCAACAUAUUUGGGGCUUGUAAAACCAAACAAACAGAACGAUUCAAACCAGUUCAUGAAGAAAAAAGGCUGAUAAGUAAGUGUGAAAAAUAACUAAGGAAAGCCAGUAAAGUGCUGCAGGGCAGCAGUGUGUUUGAAAGCAUUUUAAAGCAUUGAUGUGCAAAUAUGAUGUGUGGAAAGCCUCUGGAGAGUCUAAGAUAAAAGCUUAGGCUGAUAGCCCAGUGGUUAGAGGACAAAAGUAGUAUUCUGAAUCAAGGUACAGGUAAAGUGUUCAUUUUCAUUAUUGUUUGUAAACAGCAUAACCACCACCUUGGCCUAAGGCCAUGGAGUACAGCAGACUAGAUGUCAAGAUGUCUGGGUUUCAGUUCUAACCCUGCCUAAACCCUUUUUGUGACCAUAGAUGCAUCACUCACCACAUCUCAGCCCUGGUUUCUUGAUCUAUUAGGCAGCUCCAGAGUUCCAUGUUUCAUCAGUACAGAUUGGUACAGACUGCACUUGUUGAAGAGUUGACUCUCUGCUGUGGGUUGUGAAGACUGACCAUUCUGGUCUCUCUGCACUCCCAAAGAGUCUAGGUGUCUUGUAACUCAAGUAGGUGCACGGGCUCUUUCAGGCACCAUCGAUUUUGCAGAUUCAGUCAAAAUGUAGAUGGUAGAAACUGAUGAGGGAGAGGAAAAUUAGGUAAGAUUUAUGUAACACAUUAUUCUUUAGUAAUCAAAGCAAGGUGACGUAAGUGAUUAGAGAAGUUUCAUAGGCAAUAUUUCCUAGGAGUCCCAUGCUUGGAAUUCUUGCCACAGUCAAGGAGGGGAGGUACUGGAAGAAACAACUUAUAAUUUUGAAAACAGAACCUGACAUUGAACACUCAGGGAUUAGUUCUAUUUCAUCAUUUAAAAGUUAUUUGUUCGUAGGUAGGUGACAAUCUGAAUGACGAUUAUCUGAGAGAUAAAGAUUGGGCUGUUUGUGCACGGAAGAGGAGGCUACAUAAAAAAAAUUUCUUGGGUAUGACAGAGCAACAUUUGUGCUGUAAAUGGAAAAAGUGCUACUAUGCGAGAAAGUUAGCGAUUAUCAUAUAUACUUUCAAAAAAGUUCAGAGUACAAUGAACACUAAAUUCUGAACUAUACAAGCAAAAGUAUUAAGUAAAUUUGAGAAAACUAUUUGUGAGAACCCCCUGAAAUACUCAAAAUGGAUUCACAACAGGAAGUAAGGCUUCAGGAAUGCUGAUGAUUUCUCAGAAUUCUGUAGACUGAUAAAUGAUUCAAAGACACAAAUGUCUGAAGAAUAUGGUGUAUUUUGGAAAGGAAAUCUGUACAGAUGGGUUUUACUGAUGGAUAUACAUUUUACCAAAUAUGUCAGGGACAGAUGCUGGAAGAGAACGGGAAACUUAAGAACCAAGGAAAAUGAACUGAUACUAAAGAAAAGACUGUCACUAAAGGAAUUUCAGGGGAUUUUUUUUAUAUGGAAGAUAGUCAGUUGAUGGAAGAAAUAAAUUAUGGACUCUAAAAUUGGGGGGUAAUCAAAAGGAAUACUUUUUAAGAUGGUAUGACCAGUAUUUUUAAGAGAAGACAAUUAACCAAGUUACAUCUUGAUUAAAACUUUUAGUAGAUUGACCCAAUUUUAAUUACAUAAUCAUUUAUUUAAUUCACUUAAUGUCAAUAAUUUUACAGUAGCAGCUUUAUUACAUUACAUAUAAUGCCUUAUAGGCCCACAGUAUUAUAAAAUUACAUUUUCUGCAAUAUGGCAUGAUAUUGCAA